AUGCGAGUCAGCCAGUCAGACUACUACGGGGAAGGAGGUGGUGGUGACUUCACUGGGAAAAAAGGCUGUUACUCGGUCGCCCAACGCCCUUCCCCACCCAACAACAAGAAUCUUGCUUCCUCUGUGAUUUUCCCGGUCACUGGAAAUGUUUAUCCAGAUGGGUAUUUCCAUGUUACCCUCAGCAUAGGCCAGCCACCUAAACCUUAUUCUGUAGAUAUAGACACUGGCAGUGACAUUACUUGGCUCCAGUGUGAUGCACCUUGUACCAAAUGCAUACCUGCACCUCACACUCCUUACAAGCCCAGGAAAAAUCUUGUCGCUUGUGAAGAUCCCUUGUGUGUUUCGAUUCAGCCUUCAAACUAUGAAUGUGAAUCCCAAGACCAGUGUGACUAUGAGAUUGAGUAUGCUGACAGUGGUUCAUCUAUGGGUGUACUCGUCCAAGAUGUGUUUUCCCUGAAAUUUACCAAUGGUAGUAUUUCAGCGCCUCGCCUCGCAUUUGGCUGUGGUUACCAUCAAGAAGUUCCAGAUUCAAUACAUAUGCCUUACACAGAUGGCGUCCUUGGCCUUGGCACUGGAAAGUCUAGCAUUUUAUACCAGUUACAUAAUUCCGGAGUGAUAAGAAAUGUAGUUGGACACUGCCUUAGCGUACAUGGUGGAGGGUUUCUUUUUUUUGGGGACAAUCUUAUUCCUUCUUCUGGAAUUGUUUGGGUACCAUUAUCAAGCUCCGCUUCUGAGAAAUACUACUCACUGGGAUCAGCAGACCUCCUCUAUGGGGGCCAGGCUACAGCACUUAAAGGCCUAUCUAUAAUUUUCGAUAGUGGAAGUACUUACAGUUACCUAAACUCUCAAGCUUACCUUGCUCUGGUUUCGCUGCUAAAGAAAGACUUAAAUGUGAAACAGUUGCGAGAUGCAGCUGACGACAAAACCCUCCCAAUUUGCUGGAAAGGUCCGAAGCCGUUCAAAUCCAUUAGUGAUGUUAAGAGCCUCUUCAAACCAUUACAGCUAGUCUUCAAAAAUGCUGAGAACAUUUCAUUUCAGCUGAAUCCUGAAGCUUAUCUUAUCGUCACUAAAGAAGGCAAUGUAUGCUUGGGCAUCUUGAAUGGAAGUGAAGUUGGACUGGGGGAUGUCAAUCUUAUUGGAGACAUUUCUCUGCAAGACAAAUUGGUGAUUUAUGACAAUGAGAAACAGCGAAUUGGAUGGGCUCCGGCAAAUUGCAACAGGCUUCCAAAAGCCGAUCGGGAUUUUAAUGGAGGAUAUUAUCAGCCUUACGAAGCCAACAUUGACACCUUAUUCGAGACUUGUCCUGCUUAUGAUUACAAAGAGAAGAGAAAGGCCAGUAAAGAGUUGAGACUUUUGUAAGGUGAACGUAACUGCAUGUGAUUUUUUCGCAUGCAAAGUACAUAUUAGGUAUUACAAAAUUGAUUCGUGUAAGUAUAUGAGAUACAGGACUUGGGGACUACUGCCCACUUAGAGAUUUACUGUAAUAUAUGAACUUUUUGUAUGGGCAGCAUUUCCCUAUAUGGGUGUUGCAGUUUUGAAGGAUUAGAUAUGUUAAUUACAUCAGAAAACAGUUUAAUAACUAGUAGUUAGUGUUGAAAACUCUUCAAAUAUCAACUUGCAGCAGUUUGUUGCGAUGGGCUGACUUCCAGUGUUAGGCGUACCUGCAAGUCAUGAACACCCAGAAAAUCUUAUACAAUAAUUUAUUCCUCCACCACGUCAUGCAAUUGAGUUAAACUAUCUUCACUGUUCUUUCUAAUGCAGUCACUGCCAAUUUUAUUCAAAUUGUUCUGGGCCUGAACCUUUCAUUUUUCCUUUCAUUCAAUCUAGAUUCAUUUUCCAUUGUAUUGCAUACAUAGAUAGUUAUCUAAUAUUAACGGUUUCC